AUGACUUCACGUAAACCUCGGAGACAGAACAAUCACAAUCCUGUCAACCUCACCGAUUAUGAAUCCGACGCCCCAUACUACUCCGACAUGCAACAACCUGCGCCCCCGCUCCGCUCGAACGAGGAGCUCAACCUCUCCGUUAUCCGCCGCCACAAGCCAUCAGUGACUUCCAUCCUAUCACUCGCCCCCUACGCAGUAGUCUACAUCUUCAGUCCCACCACAAAACAAUGGGAAAAGAACGGAGUUGAAGGAACACUAUUUGUGUGCCAGGAAACUCAAGGUGACCUAGGCGAAGAGCGCUACACUGCCUUCGUGCUAAACCGCCGUGGGUUGAACAACUUUGAUCUCCCCCUCACCGACGGCGAAAAUGUUGAAAUUACAGACGAUUAUGUGAUUCUUAAAGCCGAAGAAAGCGCUGAAGGCGAAGCCGGACAGAAUGGCAUCGCCGACCCUUUGCACCCGCAGAAUGUGCCCAACAACCAGAACGGCACGAACAACGUCCGCAUCUACGGUCUCUGGAUCUACUCAGAGCCGCCGCCAAACUCCACCGCAGAGAGUCGUACCAUAAAUGCCCAGAUGAUUCUUGACUGUGCCACCCACGCGGGUGAGAGCAUGAAGCUAGCUCGCGAGCGCCUCGAGGCAAUGCGUCAGAACAGCUUGCACCUCGCAGCAGCAGCGGCUUCAUCAAAGGCUCCCCCGAUAGAGGAAAUACAGGCUGGUGUGCCUAUGGGACGUCAGAUCUCCCUAAAGGAUCUAUUUGGCCAGCAGCGCGCCCAGGAUGACGGUUGGAGUGUGCGCGCACACCAUCUAGCACCGGAGCAGCAGCAGGCCAACUAUCAACAAAUGAUGCCUCACCAGAUGCCAUCUCCUACUCCCCCGCCACAGCCUCAAUCCGAUGUGCUAGGGGAUCUAUUCCGGAGGGCAGGACUAGCCCAACAGGGAAAUGGGCAAGGGCACUAG